UGGCGCUCCUCCGGGGAGAAGGGGCGGGGCGUCCCCUAAAGGGAGCAGGGAUGGAAUGGCCGUGGCGACCCUCCUCCUCCGAGGGGCCCAAGGCGGCCGCCACCCCUGAGAGGGGGAGGGGCGGGUCUGCUCGGCAGCUGUCACCCAGGCCGGGGCCUUCCGCCCCCGCCCGAGGGGGAUGGGGAGGAUGGGGUGCCGCGGGCGGGCUCCCACGCUGGGAGGCCCCGCGCCCGUCCCGCCCACUCAUCCCCAGCCCGGCCCGCGCUCCCCGUGGGGAGGGGGAGCUCUGGAAUGGGGUGGGAACUCAGAUAAAGCAGGAAUCUUGGUUCCCCCGCCCCCCCCCGCGCGCGCGCCUCCCCCCUCCCCGUUUCCCGGUUUGGGGAAUCCCGAAACCCUUCCUGCAGACCCGGUCGCGGCCGUGGCCGCGGCCGCUUAGAACUUGGGACCCAAGUUCCCAGCCCGGGAGCCCGAGGAUGGAGAGCGGAGGAGGAGAGGGCAGAAGACGGGCAGGGGCGGUCUGGACCCGCGAGCAUCUCUGGCCGGGAACCGGCUCCUCAGCCCCACCCAUCUCUGCCCCCUCCCGCGAUCCGUCCGUCGGGUUCUGCUGGGUCCCGGUCGCACCCGUUAGGCUGGGACUAGGAGUAUGUCCGAGCGGCCGCGGGAGCCGAGGCCCCUCCCUCCCCGACCGGGCUCCCCCGGGAACCAGCGUCGCACAGAGCCCGUUUGUUUAGCUCGGGAGCUCGUGUGCCCGGUUACAUAAUUCGCCUGAUGGCAUCAGACCCCGGCGUGUUUCUGAAUCGCGCAAUGAGAAAGUGGGAGUUUUCUCCGGUCAAGCGUCUGGACUCUCCCCGGAGUGUGGUCCUGUCAAGAGGGACCAAGGAAGGAGGCAGGGGCUUCUCCGACCUGGGUCUGGCUCUGAAGAUAAGCCCUAGAUUGUAGGGGUUAAGGGCAAAACUGGCCAAGUAAGGUAGAAAGAUCGUAGAUUUUUAGAACUAGAAGGAAGGCAAGGAGGUCAGGCAUUUUGUCUUUCAGUUUCCAAACAACUCUUUCUUUGGGAAAGGAACAAGAAGAAAAUGGGUGGAGACUGUCGGGCGAGAUUAGAAAGACAUUCCACUGGGAGAAGGAAGGGAAUUCUUUUCGGUCUGGUCUCCAAGUCCUCUCCCAAGAAGCCUCGUGGACGUAACAUCUUUAAAGCCCUUUUCUGUUGCUUCAGUUCCCAACAUGUUGGUCAGUCAAGCUGCAGCAGUGAGCUUGUCUCAUACAAGGAGGAAACCAACACCAUUGCCAAGUCUGAUCUGCUCCAGUGUCUUCAGUACCAGUUUUACCAGAUCCCAGGAACAUGCCUGCUUCCAGAGGUAACGCAAGAAGAUCAAGGAAGAAUCUGCGUGGUCAUUGACUUGGACGAGACCCUCGUGCAUAGUUCCUUUAAGCCAAUCAACAAUGCUGACUUUAUAGUGCCUGUGGAGAUUGAGGGAACAACACACCAGGUGUAUGUGCUUAAGAGGCCUUAUGUGGAUGAGUUCCUGAGGCGAAUGGGGGAAUUGUUUGAGUGUGUCCUCUUCACUGCCAGCCUUGCCAAGUAUGCUGACCCUGUGACCGAUCUCUUGGACCAGUGUGGUGUGUUCCGGGCCCGCCUCUUCCGGGAGUCUUGUGUGUUCCACCAGGGCUGCUAUGUCAAGGACCUCAGCCGAUUAGGGAGAGAUCUGAGAAAAACCCUGAUAUUAGACAAUUCUCCUGCCUCAUACAUCUUCCACCCAGAAAAUGCAGUGCCUGUGCAAUCCUGGUUUGACGACAUGGCAGACACAGAGCUGCUGAAUUUGAUCCCCAUCUUUGAGGAGCUAAGUGAAGCAGAAGAUGUCUAUACCAGCCUUGGGCAGCUGAGGGCACCAUAGCUUCUCAAGCUCAGCAGAGUCUAGGACUGCAGGGGACUGUGACACACUGUGCCUUCGCUAUCAGCCAGGAAGGGAUGGCGGAAACAGGAAGCAGGGAGAAACAGUUGUAAAGUGAGUUAGGGCAGGUUAGAUGACAAUAUGGGCAAACAGCAGACUGCUGACAACUAGUACCCCCUGCUCCAUGAACUGGGCACUAGAGAGACACACUAAUGAGCAUGUAUAUGUGUGUAUGUGUACGACACCGACACCUUCUCGCCUUGAUACGAUGAUUCAGGUUGGGGAAGAGUCGAACGAUCAAGGCUCAAAUUCCCCUGAGCCAGAGCUCAUCUCCCUAGAGAAUCAAUCCAAGAGCCAUUGACCUCUCAUGGGAACAAAGACCAUUCAGUGCUCUAUUGCCAAACCUUGAGUCUUCCCUAGUAUGCAUGGCCUGUGCCAAGGAGUGGGGAUAUGCUGCUCUCAGCAUAAUAUGCAGGCAAACUGGCACCAGAUCCAAACGCACACUAUUGAAAAACUUUGCUCGGGUCCUGUGGUGACCUUGGGAAAAAAGGUUUCUAAAACAUCCUAUGAGCCUAUACCUUGGCCUCACAGACAUGGUCAUGAGCAUCAGGUUCAAGGGGCCACCACUGCCAAGAGCUCCUGCCUGUCCUACUAGCCUGGGACUUGGGGGGCCCUUUCCCUCUACUUCACAUCCCAAUUACAUUUCUGAAACCACCGGGCAAGCUAUCUCCCCUAUGCUCUAAGGAGGACAGAGAAUUGAUUUCAUUUGAUGAGCCUCUGUUUUAAAGUUUUUCCUUCUAAAAAUUGGGAGAUGAGAGUCAGAGGCUUAUUCCUAGUCCUCAAGAGGAGUUUUGAAAGCCAGAAUCUCUAUUACUCUUGAGUCAUGGAUCAGAUUAUAGAUCUUGAGAGAAGUCUAGAGAAUGAUUUUUUUCAGGGAUCUUUCUUCAAAGGAGCAGGAAGGAGCAAUUAUAAUGCCAUGGAAACUCUUUGAAUUUCUUGAGCAGAAUCCUUUCCCAUUUCAUCUUUCAAGCAGUUGAAUUUGGGAAGGGAUAGGAUGGUGAGGUCUUUGCAUGGGCAGCCUCAAGGACACACCUGUGUCCUAUAGAUGGGAAAUAAAUAGCAAGAACCAACAAUUGGUUCUCUUUGUUGUGGUGCUGGCUUCCUGCAAAUGCUAUAGUAACAGAAAAGGAAGGGAGGCCAGGGCAUGCUCAGGUGUGAGGUUUCAAAAUCUGUAUGCACUUCAGAAUCUGCAUGAUGUCAGGGACUCUUUAAAAAGCAUUCAUUCUUAUUAAUUAACAUGAAAAAAAUAGAUUUUUUUUUCUAAGUUUGGAGAGCUCUGAUAUAAUGGGAAGCACUUUUGGGAUUUCAUAAGGUAAACCCCAAGUAAGCAGCACUGUCUUGUAAUCACGUUCUGCUAUAGCCUUGGCUUCUGCCGGAAUGGGUGUGGUGUGGAACCUAAAGGAAGAUCACCUAAGAGGUAAUUAGGAGCCAAAUUCCCUACCUUUCCCUGAAGAAACUCCACACUGCUUCAGGUACAGUACACUUAAAACUUAGGAUUCUUCCCCCUGGCAUUCUUUUAGACUUUGAAAUGCUUUCUUGGAGGAGGGGGUGGGGAGAGUUUCAAGAAAUGGCCAACUGGAUGAGAAGAUGAAGGGGAGAGCAGCUUUUUGUAUUUUUGUGUGCAUUACAGUUAAAAUCCCCCUUUAUCCUAAUCUUUGGUGCCAAUUCUAAGUCCCUCCAUGGUUAUUGUCAGGUUUCCAUCUUUUCUCCUUGGUUUUAUACCAAGAUGGUGCCAUGGGACCCAAAAGCAAUGUAGAUAUAAAACAGAAUUUCCCCAGCGUCCUUUUUCUCUUUGUGGCAGUAUUUCCUAAGACUGAUUCUGAGAGUAUAAAUGGAGGGUAAGUCUGGAUGCUGACAGAAACCUUUAAAACAA